ACACUGUGCAUACGGAAUUCAAUGUAGCUGAUACUGAUUGACCUGCUGUGAUCUUUCGAUGUUUAUUUCAGGAUUUGACACAGUUACGUUGGAUUACAUCACGAGGUAAUGGACGCUUUGUCUGUAGUUAUUCAGUUGAGGGACUUGGCCUCAGAACCACAAAAUAGAGAAGCCAUUGUUAAAGACCAGGGAUGUGUUCCUGGUCUGGUGCUAUUCUUGACCCAUCACAACCCACAAGUGUCCUUCUGUGCUCUUCAGGCACUACGAUAUCUGGCAGAAUGUCCUUCUAACAGGGAAAUCAUGAAAAAUGAGUUGGGAAUGAUGGUCUGUCUUGAGAAUCUAUGUGAAAGGGAUCACGUGUUGGAAGACGCUAGAAUUUUAGCAGUUGAAAUUUAUGAUCAGUUGAAAAAACCUCUGCGUAUUGACAGUUUGAACAUGAAAACCACAAAACAAAUCCAGACUCAGUUUUUCAUCAACAGCACAAACAAGAAGGCAAAAACAGUGACAUUACAAAUAGAGGGGUUGCAUAACAUGGACCACCGAAGUAUCUGCGAAGAAGCUUUAUUAAGAGUUAAAGGUGUUAUCAGUUUUACAUUUCAAAUGACUCUUCAGAGAUGUGUUAUCCGUAUCUGUUCUGAUCUUAAAACCGAGUGCCUUGCUUCAGCUAUUGCAGCUACAAACGUAUUACAAGCUCAUCAAGUUAUUAAAAAUGAGAGUGGAGAAGAGAUUGUGAUAUCUUUAAACUCACAUAAUGCAAAAGUUGAAGAAAAAAAUGUAGAUUUACCUGAUUAUCUUCCAGAAGAUGAAAGCGUAAAAAAUGAUCAUAAAGCUGUUUCAAGAGCUGGAACAAAGGGAAACACUGUUACUUGGCUAAAUGCAGCAGCAAACUUUCUAACAAAAACGUUCUACUGGUGAGGCAGUAUCAAAAUAUUUGUGGUUCAGAUACAUGUUGACCAAUGGCAUGAUAAUUGCAACAAAUGUGUUCUGAAAUGUAGCUAUUUUCAUUAAUGCAGUGGCACUCUUCUAUAAAGCAAUAGAUAUAUCACCAGGCUCCAUGAUCCUAUUACCCCAUCUUUGUCUGGCUCCUCAUCC